UCACACGUGCGUUUAUAACAGAUUCCUCUGCUGCCGCUCACGCUAUCGUACGCAUGCGCGCUGGUCGUCGUGUCAUCAUCACCAUCCCAGAGGUGGUCCAGUCUGUGUGGUGGUACCCGGAGCUGCUGGAGGAUCAACGUGUGGCCAUUGUCAGGAGCGAGGACACCCCGGCCGGGAUACACUAACUCUCCGCCGAACCGAGCCGCCACCGGAAAAAGCCGAACACCUCAACACCGCCUCGGUUGAAGUCCUGGUCUCUGUGCACCUGGGCCGGCUUGUUCUUCCCCUGAUCUUCUUCGUCGUGAGCAGACAUGCCUCCAGCGCCUGAGGUGUACACCCCACCUGAAGGUGGCUGGGGCUGGGCGGUGGUACUGGGGGCCUUCAUCUCCAUCGGCUUCUCCUACGCCUUCCCCAAGUCCAUCACGGUGUUUUUCAAGGAAAUAGAGGUCAUCUUCGAUGCCACGCCGAGUCAAGUGUCCUGGAUCUCCUCCAUCAUGCUGGCUGUCAUGUAUGCCGGAGGUCCACUCAGCAGCAUCCUUGUGAACAAAUAUGGCAGUCGACCAAUCAUCUUCGUCGGGGGUUGUCUGGCUGGGUCGGGACUGGUCGGGGCCUCCUUCUGCAACACCGUGGCGCAGCUCUACUUCUUCAUCGGAGUCGUGGGAGGUUUGGGACUGGCAUUCAACUUGAAUCCAGCCCUCACCAUGAUCGGUAAAUACUUCUACAAGCGGCGUCCCAUCGCCAACGGCAUCGCGAUGGCGGGCAGCCCCGUGUUUCUGUCCACCCUGGCUCCUCUCAACUCCUGGCUGUACGAUUAUUUUGGGUGGAGAGGCAGCUUCCUCAUCCUAGGAGGAAUUCUGCUCAACUGCUGCGUGGCCGGCGCCCUGAUGCGCCCCCUCAAACCCAACGCGCCACUGUCCAAACCCGACGACACGGAGGCCGACGAGCUCAAGGCGGUGGAAGCCGUCCAGCCGCAGCCGAAGAAGACGGUCCUGCAGACCGUCAACUCCUUCAUCGACCUGACGCUGUUCAAACACCGCGGCUUCCUGCUCUACCUGUUUGGCAACGUCAUCAUGUUCUUCGGCCUCUUCGCUCCACUCGUCUUCCUCUCUAACUACGCCAAGAGUAAGGACAUCAGCAAAGAAAAAGCAGCCUUCCUGCUGUCGGUGUUGGCAUUCGUUGACAUGUUCGCCCGGCCCUCCAUGGGCAUGCUGGCCAACACCAAGUGGGUCCGGCCCAGGAUCCAGUACUUCUUUGCUGCUGCCGUCCUCUACAACGGAGUGUGUCACGUGCUGGCGCCGCUGUCGGUGGACUACACGGGAUUUGUCAUCUACGCGAUGUUCUUUGGUUUUGCGUUUGGCUGGCUGAGUUCGGUGUUGUUCGAGACACUGAUGGACCUGGUGGGAGCUCAGAGGUUCUCCUCAGCUGUGGGUCUGGUCACCAUCGUGGAGUGUGGGCCGGUGCUGUUGGGCCCACCGCUAACAGGUAGUUUCUAUAACUACUACCAGAACUACGACUACACCUACAUCUCCUCUGGCAUCAUCCUCAUUAUCGCAAGUAUUGUCCUCUUUGUGGGAAUGGGCAUCAACUACCGCCUGGUGGCACAAGAGAAGAAAAACGAGGAGAGGAAAGAGAGGGAGGAACCAAAGGAGGAGCGAACCGCCAUGUUGGCUCCUCCCUGUCCUUCAAAAUCGGACGAGGAGGCUGUCACGCUGGAGGAAGUUGCCAAGAUGGACGAGGACACGGUGUAGAAAACGGAACCAAAACGGACUCAAUAAGGACGCACACACUUCACAAAAACACACACGAGAGUUGCAACAACCACACGUCGUCUUGAUGGAGAUCCGUGUCCACGACCCUGAAGCCAGAGAAACAUACUUUUAUCUUCAAUACAAACUGAGACUUGCUUUUCGCCGCGUUGAUAGCUCUGCUUUUUGGUAUUUGCCGUGUCUUUUGUAAACGCGAGUCCUCCAGGAGCACACAAUGUGUGUAUUAUACAAACACCAGAUAGACACACAACAGACAGAAUGACUGUUCGAUGAAAAUCCAGUAAACUAAGGAGGACUUUACUCUCGGGGCCGUAACGGUUCAGAACCUCACACAGAAACACACGACCGUGACUCUGAGUCCAGCUGAGGCUCAAACAGUACAUGUGUUACAGUACUUCAACAAAUACUGGACAUUGAUCCUCACAUCCAACAUACUCACAGUGCUUCACUUCUCAAGGGCUGGACAGACAGUUCCAAGGACACAUUCAUAUUCAUGUAGAUACAGUAAAUCUAUCGGUUCACACGUUAGAUCAAAGUGAGAAAUUGCCAGUUUUUUGGGGAUUCAUGCUACGAAAUGAAGAACCAUUUAUGAGUGCAUCAACAGAAGGAGUUGUAACAUUUAACCCCUGGUUGUGGACAUUGAGCACCAACAUUCCUUUAAAAUGCAAAAAAAAAAUAGGGAAGUAAGGAAGUUAAAAACUAAUGUAGGACUCUGUCGACAGGUUUGCGGGUCACAUGACUCACAGCGUAGGACGCACGUGAACCGUCUGCCUGGACAUCAAUAUUUGUGCACUUUGCGUGUCUUCAUUUUGUGUUUUCCACCCUCCAACCGGAGCAGCUCAUGCAUCGGAGUGCCGAUGAAGACACGUUGGAAGAAAAAUGCUCACACGGUCACGCCCCACAGAUUUCCCUGCUGUGUAACCAGCAGUCACAAUAUUACAUUACAGCCCACGCUGUCCUCUUCUCUCUGGAGGGGACGGGCAGACGGCUGUUAUUGAACCCGAUAGAUGGGUUGACCGGUGUGUGUGUGUGUGUGUGUGUGUGUGUGUGGGGCUUUAAAGUGCAACAUUUGGGGCGGAGGGGGGGAGGGGGACUAAAUUGCACCCAAUCCUAGAUUUGAAUAAUUUUGGGUUAUAGGAGUUGCGUACCUGAUGGCGUUUAAAAAAAGUUUUAUAGCGGAUAACACAUUGUAGUUUAGAGUUAUGUAUAUAUAUAUUAAAAAACCUUUGUGAUUAGAAAAAAAAAUCUAUUUUAGCUUAAUGUUUAAUGACAAUCUGACAACAGGUGUUGGAUUUUGAUGUAUUGGAAUGGAAGGAGAGAGAGAGAGAGAAGAUGAGCAGAAUGUUCAAACUGUAGCCAGAUUUCUUCAUUCAAUGAGUUUUUGAGUUCAGCCGCUGCAGUAUCAAACCGGUCUCACAGUCUCUGAACUGUUCAAUGUGUCGUAUCAUAUUUGUAAUGUUUUUAGUUUGAAAUCAAUCACAGACGCGUUGAUCACUGAGUGAGUUUACUGCAAACAUUUGUCACAAUGUUUUGAGUUCAGACCAAAGGGAACAGAAGACGUGAGACCUCUUCAGUAUCAAUACACGUAUUUUCAUUUUUGGGAGAACAAAUACACGUUUUGAAUAAUUCACUCUUUGGUAUAAAGGUUUGCUGGUUGGUAAAUGUUUAAAUGGAUAGUUGGUAUGUUCUGAGGCUGUGAGGUGCUCAGUCAGUGUGUUACACCCACAGUAGAUUGUGAUCAGCAUGCCAGCAAAACUGGAGCAUCAGCAAGUAAAACGCUUCAGUGAAUGUAUAUUUAGAAUAUUUUCACCUCCACGCUUUCCGACGGGGAACUGGAGCCGUUGAAUCUGCUCAGACGAGCUGCCGGUCUCCCGCUGCCUUGAUCUGGAGGUUUGUUUGUUUAUUGUGUGACUUAUGUCUAUGUAUAGACUUUAUUGUGGUCGAAUAAACACAAACAAACUAAUAUAUAUCUUUAUCUUGUGUAACGCCUUCAGUUCCCCACCAGAAGGGGCUGAAGGGACGGGAUACACACACAAUAAAUACAGGUAGAUACAGCUUCACUGAAACUGAUAUUGAUUUAGUCUGAAAUAAGUGUUGCUGGUGACCACUGUAGUAACACCUGACUAUGACUCACACAACCCCACUUACACAUUACUACUAAGCAUUUUGUUUUCAACUUAAUAAUAAUAUUUUUUAAGGAUGCUAACUUUUGUUGUUGUUUCACUACAGACUUUUAAUUUAAAGAUUUAGAUGAUAUCAUUUCUCGAAGUCAUAACAAUGUCUGCUAAAAAGAGCACUGUUCUGUACUCGUGUGUAUUGUAUUUUUCUAUUCAUUUGCAGAAGAAAAUAGUCUCAAAGAAAUGCACUAUAUUACUUAAAACCACCCAGCUGUUUGGGGAAAUAACUGAGCCUUUUUUAAGACAAAUAAAGGUGUGUAUUUGUUCCCAGUUUGAAAGGAUUUACAGAACCACACACAGGGAAAGGAAACUAGAAAGUCGUGAAAGAUGGAGACUCAUUUUGGGGUUUGGUCUCUACCUUGAAUUUGUUGGCAAUAACAAAAAGAUAGAUUAUGAACAACUUUAUCCUUCAUAACCUGAAGAGAAUUGAAAUUGUUCAAAUGAAAGAUACAACUGUUAUGUUUCUGUAAUGGAACACUACUUUAUUUUUGUAUGACCUUUUACAUUGAAGUGGCUAUACACAUGUGAACGUUUACACGGCAUGCCUGUUUGGCCUGUUGGAACAAGGUUUUGGUCAUUUCACUGACCAAAUGUAAAUAUUCCUCUUCAAACCAAUUCAUUACAAACUCGAAUUGACAGAAGUCUGUUGGUUCCAAUGGAAGACGAGUUUCUCUCGUUCUAACUCAAGUGUCCACCUGUCGACGGACAUACAUUUGAUACAAAUACAUGUUCAUGUUGGUGGACAGGUUCAUAUUUGAGGGGACAAAGUAAAGAAAGGAGCUGCAGACAGAAAACCCUGAUUCCCUUCAGUAACAGCUCAUUACAUUAUAACAUAUCCUGUUAUUCAUUAGGCGAGUUGGAUUUACACGGAUUCAAAAUUGACCUACACUUUGAGUUAUUUUGCCUUUUGAUACAUGUUUUUGACAAGGAAGCUGACACUGAAAGACUGAAACUGAAUCAUUUCAUUGAAAUAUGUGAACGCUCGUGUUUUCCACGGGCUUUUUAAACGGGAUUGUAGAACCACAGCACAUGUUUGUGAAAAGGUUUUUGUAAAUGUUUCGGUUUCUCUCUUUUUUAAUCGACGCAGGUUUUUUCAUGUCUAUGAAUGAAUUGUUUUUAUGACUGUUUAUGAAUGAAUAAACUUUAAAAAAUA